AUAUAGUGAUGGCUUGCAAAAACAAAGAGAUGGCAACUAUGCUUGCUUGUUUACUUGUUUCUAUAGGCAAACAACGUGCGAAAAUAUAGUUUUUUUUAGAUUUUCGAUUGCAUUGCAUUAAUUAACUGAAAUGAAAUUAAGUACUUAUAAUUUUCUAACUUCAAAAGCAAUUAAAGGUGUGAAAGUUGGUUAUCCUUUAAAGUUAACGAUAACCAAAAAGGAUGUUGUAGAGUCUGAAUUUAACCCUGCUUUUAUCGAACGUUUAUUACCUAAACUGGAAUGGUCUACUGUACAUUUAGCAGCUCAGGCGGUUGACUUACCCGAUGACAUACCGGCUGAACAACCAGUAAACAUAGCCGGAAAUGCAGAACUUUUACAAAAAUUGCAUCAUUUACUGAUGGAAAUAGAUAUCAUAGAAGGACAGUUGGAGUGUCCAGAGACAGGACGUGUAUUUCCUAUAACUGACGAUUUUAUUUGUCUUCGGAAUAAGAGUAAUGAUUGCGUUGUCAAACUAAUGGCAAAUAAAAAAGCUAUCCAAAUGCAUGUUUACUAAAAACAAAGCAAAUGGAGAGAAGACCCGACGACGUGUGUAGCUUGUAAAGCCUCAUGUGCUUUUGUAAAAAUGCGGCCCUGUAUUAAAAUAAGCUUGUGUCAUCAAAAAAUAUGGAAUCUUUCCAUUUAGUACGUUGUGAACGAUCAGCCAAAUGGAUAUGUAGGGACAUAACAGCUUUUAAAACGACUUUUAAAUCAUCCUGGUUAUAUUGCACGAUCUUAGCUAUUAUUGUUUCAAAUUCAAGUGAAAUGAAUGUCAAAUGAAUUUUAUUUGCUUAUCGUAAGUUUGUAAGAUCGCUUUUACGAAAUUCCAUCAAUGCCGUUCACAUUAUGAUUAUGAGCUAUUGGCUAGUUUACUUUUGCUGAUUAUUUUUGUGCUUGCAGUUCAGCUUUUUGUCCUUUACACACAGGUUGAUAAAGAAAAUCCAAAUCGGGGAGAAGUAAUUUAUUGAUUAAUUUCGUUUCUUUAUUUUAAUUAUUUAUCAUUUUAGCAUAAUUU